GUCCAGAGUAUCGCAACCCAAAGGAAUCCUUUGGUGAGCGGUGGAUCCCAAUGUCAGAAAGCCUUUGAUGACAUAAUAGGAAAGCUAACAUCAGCUCCAGUCUUAGGAUUUGCAGACCCCCAACUUCCGUAUGUCCUACAUACAGAUGCCAGCACUGUUGGCCUUGGGGCUGCAUUAUAUCAGGUUCAAGAUGGUCAAUCUCGAGUCAUAGCUUUUGCGAGUCGAGGACUUUCAAAGAGCGAGAGGAAGUACCCGGCUCAUAAGCUCGAAUUCUUGGCCCUUAAGUGGGCAGUCACAGAAAAAUUUUCUGAUUACCUAUAUGGUACAGACUUCACAGUAGUGACUGACAGCAACCCACUGACAUAUAUUUUAACAUCCGCAAAGCUUGAUGCGACAGGGUACAGGUGGUUGUCCAGUCUUUCUACUUACUCAUUCAAUCUUCAGUACAGAGCCGGAAAGCAAAAUCUAGAUGCUGACGCACUCUCUCGCCGACCUCACGAUCCACCAAAGGAUGAUUAUGCAUCCAAGAAGGAGAGUGAGAGAAUCCGGCAGUUCACACUGUACCAUCUGAGCAAUCCUGACAAUCCAGAAACUGUUCCCAAGGAAGUGAUAAAGGCAAUUUGUGAACGUCAUAUGGUUACUUCAUCUGUAGCUGGUGUUCAAGCCACCUCUCCUGGGUUGACAUUAGUUGAAUCCCUCACUCACCAGUCCACAGCCAUUCCCGACUGCUUCCAGCAGGAACAAGUGGAUGGGUCUCCUCUUGUUCAUUCAUUUUCAGAAGAAGAGUUGAGGCAAAAACAAACAUUAGAUCCUGCUAUCAAUGCAGUCAUUGUACUCUUGGAGACUGGUGAAACUCCAUGUCCCAGCCUCAGGUUGGAGCUACCAGAACUACCUUUGUUACUCAGAGAGUUGUCGCGGUUAGAGAUCCAGAAUGGAAUUCUCUAUCGUAAGCGAAAAGACGGUCCAAAUGUCUCAUAUCAGCUUGUGCUUCCUGAGGCGCUAAGAGCUACAGCACUUAGGAGUCUUCAUCAUGAUAUGGGCCACCUUGGAGUCGAACGAACAGUAGAUUUGGCAAGAACCAGAUUUUACUGGCCGAAAAUGUACAUGACCAUAGAUAAAAUGGUUAAAGCCUGUGAGAGAUGUGUUCGUCGAAAAACACAUCCAGAAAAAGCUGCUCCACUUAUGAACAUUAAAACCUACCGACCUCUCGAACUGGUGUGCAUUGAUUUUUUAUCAAUAGAGCCAGAUCGCUCAAACACUAAAGACAUUCUAGUAAUUACUGAUCAUUUUACAAAAUAUGCAGUGGCUAUACCAACUCCAAACCAGCGGGCACAGACCAUAGCAAAGUGCCUCUGGGAAAACUUCAUUGUUCAUUAUGGUUUUCCUGAAAAGCUCCUUAGUGAUCAGGGUGCUGAUUUCGAAUCAAAAACCAUAAAAGAACUCUGUGAACUCAUUGGCAUGAGGAAAGUGCGCACAACCCCUUACCAUCCUAGGGGAAAUCCGGUUGAAAGAUUCAACCACACUCUUCUUCAAAUGCUCGGAACACUUGAUAAGUCAGAUAAACUCCGCUGGAAAGACUUUGUCAAACCUCUGGUACAUGCUUAUAAUUGUACAAAGAGUGAUGUGACUGGAUUCUCCCCGUACGAAUUAAUGUUCGGGAGACAGCCCAGAUUACCCAUUGAUUUGAUUUUCAGAUUGCCCACCAAUGCUGCUAAGCAGACUCAUUCUCAGUAUGUUGGCAAUUUAAAAUCUCGGUUGGAAGAAAGUUACCGUAUUGCUACUAGCAAGGCAGGAAAGAACGCAAGUCGCAAUAAAGCCAGAUUUGACCGGCGAGUGAUUGAAUCAACCUUGCAGACAGGAGACCGAGUUCUCAUACGAAAUGUGAAGCUGCGUGGAAAACAUAAAUUGGCAGACAAGUGGGAGGAGGAUGUUUAUAUUGUCCUCAAGCGAGCUGGAGAAAUGCCAGUUUACACAGUUAAACCAGAAAGUAAAGAUGGACCAGUGCGAACUCUGCACAGAGACUUGCUUCUGCCAUGUGGAUUCCUGUCAGUAGCUGCAGAAACUGAAACAGUCAAGCCUUGUCGAAACAGGAGGCCCAGAACAAGACAACGUCCAGUCGUCGAGAGUGAAGAGGAGAUCAUCUCAGAUUUGGAUGAUGUACCUGAUUGGACAUUCUUCCCUCAUGUUAUGUCAAAACAUGAUGCACAUGUCGUGGUGCCUGAAACUCACAAGUUGAGUGAGCCUCCUUGUGCAGUCCGACACUCAGCAGAAACAGAGGAGUCUGAAAAUUCCCUCUCACCUGAUGCUCCAACAACUCAAUCCCUUGUAAGAGAUGGAAGUACUGGAGAUAUUCAGGGUGCAUCAAGUGUCAACUCACCUGAAAAUGUCAACUCACCUGAACAAGACAGAUUAUCCGAAGCAAACGUUUCACCUGAACUGAACUCAGUAAACAGAUCCCCUCAGUGUUUCGAUUUGCAGCAAUCUGAAGAAACUCCUCCAGAUAAUGAGAUGAGCUCAGAUGCAGCAUGCAAUGAUGGGUUUUGUGAAGUAAAUGAACCUGUCACUGACCAGCCUGAACCUUUAAAGUUUCAGACUGAUGGACUUCAAGAUACUGAAACAUCUCUCCGUCGAUCUCAAAGAGUGCACACAAAGCCUAACAGAUUAGAUUAUGUAACACUAGGAAAUCCUCUGAUGAUGGUGGUGAAUUCUCUGUUCCAGGGUCUAAGUGAUGCAUUGACUAGCUCCUUGAAUGGUUUUGAGAAUGUAUCCCAUAAUUCCGUCAGGCAUCCUUAAGCUGUGUGACUCCAUGUCACAUUGCAGAUGCCCAGGGACGGGCAUACCCUUCAGAGGGGAGGGUGUAACCCACAUAAAGUGGGUAUGCCACUUUAAGAGAAGAGGUUAAGGAAGCUGGGUGGUCUGCCUGGCCAAUGAGAAGUUUGGUUUCCAGAGCGUCUGGACCAAUCAGGGUGCAGGCUGCCGUUGUGGAUCCCGCCCUUCUCCCCCGGGUCUGCAGUACCGUUGGUUUUGCUCUAGAGAUCCGACGCGGUGAGACUGCUGAGCGGGGCAGCGCCAGAAGCCGUUAGGAAUCGUUGGCUCUUUCUGGCAGUUAUUUCAGCGUGUUCUUCG